AUGGACUCCCUGCUCAAUCAUGCGGCAUCGGGCACUGGUCAUCACUGCUGGGAAGUCGAGAUGCUUGGAGGGAAGCAUCACUCAAAGAUUGUUGCUUUGCACAACAGACUGCGCAGCUGGGUCAGCCCUAUGGCAGCCAACAUGCAGAAAAUGGAAUGGAGUCUGGAGCUGGCUGCAGCGGCUGAGGAGUGGGCAGCUCAGUGUGACAGUGGUGCCCCUCCUCUACAUCUCUCCUCUUUCCGGCACAUAGGCUGGAACAUUCACUUUUCUACGCAUGGUGUGUCCUCCUUUACCAGUGCCAUUGACUCCUGGUUUAACGAGGGGCAACAUUUUACAUUUUCAACUGGACAGUGUCAAGAAAACAGAACCUGCAAACAUUAUACACAGCUUGUGUGGGCGACCUCCAGUCACGUAGGUUGUGCAAGUCAGCUGUGUUUGAAGAAUAAUUCUGAGUGGAAUAUAUUCGUCUGUGCCUACUACCCAGGGGGGAACUGGGAGGUGAAUGGACGGCUGGUGAGGCCCUAUAGGACGGGACAGUAUUGCUCCCUCUGUACCUCCUCCAUGUCCGGUUGCUUUAAACUGUGGGAUCACAUUGGUGGAUUAUGUGAGGUUCCGAAAAAUCCAUGUCGUAUGAACUGUGGCAAAAAUGGUCACCUGAAUGUUUCCUUGUGCAAGUGCCAUUGUAAUCCAGGUUUUACUGGGCAUUUCUGUCAAGUGAGGUGCAGUGGGCAGUGUGUACAUGGACAUUUUAAAGAGGAGCAGUGUUCCUGUCAGUGUGAUAUUGGCUAUGGUGGAGCUGGAUGUUCUGAAAAAGUACAGUUUCCUCUCAGUAUGUGUCACAUGUUGAUUGAUGAGGAGUGUUUCAGCAUUUCUUCAGAAGCUGCCACCUACUACAGAGCUAAAAGCCGCUGUCAGGAAAGAGGUGGCACUCUCGCUCAUAUCUACAAUCAGAAGGUUCAAGAUAUCUUGGCUUUUUAUCUGUCAGAGGAAGCAAAAAUGACCAAGAGCUCUGAUGCACAAAACUUCUGGAUUGGUCUAACAUUCAGGCCUCCAAAAGACUCGUUUCGCUGGGACAGAGGAGAAAUGCUCACUUUUAGCAGUUUUGCUUUUGGACAACUUAAUAACCAAGGUUUUGGGAACUGUGUAGAGCUGCAGGCGUCAAGUGGCUUUAACUGGAAUGACCAGAGAUGCAAAACUCACAACAGAUACAUUUGCCAUUAUGACUAAACCGUGUGGUCUUAAAUGCAGCACUUUGUCUGUCAAUGCACUUCUCAUCAGCCUGACUGUGAUCAAUACUGUACCAGCUCCACAAAAG